AUGCGUGAGUGGGUUCUCUCAUUGACCGUUGUUCUCGCCGAUGGAACAAUCAUCAAGACUCGACAGCGGCCUCGGAAGUCAAGCGCUGGCUAUGAUCUCACCAAAAUUUUCAUUGGGAGCGAGGGUACCCUCGGUCUCAUCACGGAGGCUACGUUGAAGCUCACCGUGAAGCCUCAGAGUCAGAACGUUGCUGUUGCAAGCUUUCCCUCCAUUCACAGUGCGGCCGAGUGUGUGACACAGGUGGUGGAGGCGGGCAUCCCUGUCGCCGGAUUAGAAAUUCUGGACGACGUACAGAUGAAGUGCAUCAAUGCCAGCCAGUCCACUAGCCGGCAGUGGAAGGAGUCGCCUACCUUGUUCUUUAAAUUUGCCGGCACCCCCGUGGCAGUGAAAGAGCAGAUCGGGCUGGUACAGAAGAUUGUGUCUAAAACCGCCGGCCGAUCAUUUGAGUUCGCUCGCGGCGAAGAAGAAAUGCAGGAGCUUUGGAGCGCUCGCAAACAGGCGCUGUGGAGUGUCAUGGCGAUGAAAAGGAGCCCUGAUGACCAUGUCUGGACAACAGACGUAGCAGUCCCGAUGAGCAAACUCCCCGAUAUCAUCGAGGCUACGAAAGAAGAUUUGACGCAGAGCCGGCUGCUGGCCGGUAUCUGUGGCCAUGUUGGAGAUGGCAAUUUUCAUGGUGAGCUUAUUCUCCGUGUCGCGAGGUUUCCGAACCCAGCUAACUCGCAUUUAGCCAUUAUUUUGUUCAGCGACAGCGAAAGGCAGGUUGCUGAGGGUGUCGUCCAUCGAAUGGUGAAACGGGCUGUGGAAAUGGAUGGCACAGUAACAGGAGAACAUGGAGUUGGCCUUGUCAAACGAGACUAUCUUGAGCACGAACUGGGCGAAUCCACCGUGGAUGCCAUGCGCCGUUUAAAACUGGCCUUCGAUCCACUUCGUCUGCUUAAUUGUGACAAGGUGGUCCGAACGGAGCAGCCCGCGGCCGGAGAAGUCAAAGAAUGGUAA